GGUUACCUGCUCUGCUUUUUAUUCGAGGUUUGUUCUGGACUCUCUUCUCUCGAUACCCAUGGGCUCCAUGGAGCAUUAGUUUGUGGUCCUUGUAAAUUCUAGCAUAGACCUGGUAUUUUCUUAACAGUAUUUGCCACAUUGUUUGGAGGAUGAUGAUUAGGGUGCCAUAUCUAAAAGUUGCACAUGUUGCAAAGUGAUUCCAGCACAAAAAGUUGUGGAGAUGUAGUUGGAGUAGUUCUUCGUAUUUAGGGGUGGGUUUACUCUUGUUGCCUGAAUCUUUUCCCUACUUGCGCUGUUGUUGUUAAUCUUAGGCUGCUAAAGAAGAGAUCGGUAACCAACCCAAGAAGAAGGGUGGUAAUGCCAAAGAAGGCAUUGCUAGAUGCACAUUUGAGGAUAAGAUCCUCAUGAGUGACAUUGUUUUCUUGCGUGCUUGGACUCAAGUUGAAGUUCCUAGCUUCUACAAUCCGUUGACAACAGCAUUACAGCCUCGCGACAAAACUUGGCAAGGAAUGAAAACAGUUGCUGAAUUAAGGAGAGAACAUAAUCUGCCAGUGCCUUUCAACAAGGAUUCAUUAUAUAAGCCAAUUGAACGAAAGCUGAAAAAGUUCAACCCCUUGGUAAUUCCCAAAGCAUUACAGAAAGAUCUCCCCUUUGCCUCUAAGCCCAAGGAUACUCCAGCUCGGAAGCGACCACCAUUGGAAGGUCGGAGGGCUGUGGUGAUGGAACCUCAUGAGCGUAAAGUUCUUGCUAAUAUUCAACAUCUUAGACUCAUUCAGCAUGAGAAGAUGAAAAAGCGCAAGCUCAAAGAAGGAGAGAAAAAGAAAGCACUUGAAGCAGAAAGGAUCAAGGAAGAGCAACUCUCAAAGAAGCGACAGAGAGAAGAGAGACGAGAAAGGUACCGUGCGCAGGAUAAACUGAAGAAGAAAGCCCGCAGGGAAUAGGGUCUUAGUUCUCCAUAGACUGCCUGGAACAGUUUAUCUACCCAGAUAAUUGGGUCAAUCUUGCUGGAAGAACUGAAAGCUUGGUUGAUUGCCAAACUUGGAUCGGUAUCAUUUAACUUUGCAUCAUCAGUGGCGGCAUGUUGUCAUCAGCUAGAUAUGAGAUGCGACUUCAACGUGUUUGGCCAACCAGUGGAUCUUUUGCUAUCCUUGGACCUCAGCCUCGUUGUGUACCAUGAAAUAUUGGCCAGAUUUUUGUAGCUUAGGGAAAGUGCAUAUAUAUUAUCAUAAAUCUGUACAAGAUGCAAUAGUGGCAUGAAUAUGCAAUGUAAUGCUUCCUAAAUCUGUUGCUCCUAUUUUCCUCUUUAGUGUUUACGAAGUAGCACCUUAGUGCUUUAUUUAUUGGCUUCUCCUUAUUUAGAUGGAGAACUGUUUGUUAUUCUUUGUAAUAAUAUUACAAAAGGAAUUCUAAAUGUACACGUUAGUGCAA